AUGACCAAAGACCACAUCCUCACGCUGUCGUGCCCGGACAAGCCAGGAAUCAUUCACACCGUCACGGGUGUGCUCGCAAAGCACAAUCUGAACAUUCUCGAUCUGCAGCAAUUCUCCGACCCAGAGCUCCAGAAAUUCUUCAUGCGAGUGCACUUUGGCCAUGCCGAUUCCACGGAACACUUGGCGCAGCCUUUUAGCGAACUGGCAUCCGAUCUUAAGAUGGACUACGACAUCGUGCCCAAAGCGCACAAACCCAGAGUCAUGAUCAUGGUUUCGAAGAUGGGCCACUGUCUCAACGAUCUCCUGUUCCGCCAGAAGACUUCUCAGUUGAACAUCGAGAUCCCGCUUAUCGUAUCGAACCAUGCGGAGUUCGAGUCUUUGGCCAAGAGCUAUGAAAUCGAUUUCCAUCAUCUACCAGUCACCAAAGACACCAAAGCCGACCAAGAAGGUCGCAUCUUGGAUCUUGUGAAGCAGAACAACAUCGAUCUGAUUGUCUUGGCACGGUACAUGCAAGUCCUGUCGCCGAAGCUUUGCGAAGCUAUGAGUGGCAAGAUUAUCAACAUCCACCACUCUUUCUUACCUUCUUUCAAGGGCGCCAAACCUUACCACCAAGCAUACGAUCGUGGCGUGAAGAUCAUCGGCGCGACCGCACACUUUGUGACUGCGGAUCUGGAUGAGGGACCGAUUAUCGAACAGAGGAUUGCACGGGUCGACCACAGCAUGAGCCCGAAGGAACUGGUGGACGAGGGAAGCAAUGUCGAGAGUCAGACUCUGGCAGCGGCUGUGAAGUGGUGGAGCGAGAAGCGAGUCUUCUUGAACGGCAGCAAGACCGUGGUGUUCAACUAG